UGGCUCCGCCCCUGGGGCCAAGGCGCUUCCUGGUCACCUGGGAGCCUCUGUCCAAUAGAACAAACCUGACCGGAGACGGAGAAGGUGGUGCCCGCCACCGAACUGGGGGUCUUGGAGGCCGGAAGGAUGGCGUCGAUGAGCCGUGACACCCCUUGUUCCUGCGACUGCUUUGUCUCUGUGCCCCCGGCCUCUGCCAUCCCGGCCGUGAUCUUUGCCAAGAACUCAGACCGACCCCGGGACGAGGUGCAGGAGGUGGUAUUUGUGCCCGCGGGCACGCACGCCCCGGGGAGCCGCCUGCAGUGCACCUACAUCGAGGUGGACCAGGUGCCCAAGACCCACGCUGUGAUCCUGAGCCGCCCCUCUUGGCUGUGGGGGGCUGAGAUGGGCGCCAACGAGCACGGGGUCUGCAUUGGCAAUGAAGCCGUGUGGACCAAGGAGCCAGUUAGGGCCGGGGAGGCCCUGCUGGGGAUGGACCUGCUCAGGCUGGCGUUAGAGCGGGGCAGCACUGCCCUGGAGGCCAUGCUGGUGAUCACCGGCCUGCUGGAGCGCUAUGGACAGGGUGGCAGCUGCCGGGAGGACCCGGCUCCGUUCUGCUACCACAACACCUUCCUGCUGGCCGACCGGACAGAGGCGUGGGUGCUGGAGACGGCAGGGAGGCUGUGGGCGGCUCAGCGGAUCCAGGCGGGGGCCCGGAACCUCUCCAACCAGCUGAGCAUCGGCGUGGACAUCUCGGCAGAACACCCGGAGCUGCGGAGCCAUGCACAGGCCCAGGGCUGGUGGGGCGGACAGGGCUCCUUUGACUUUGCCCAGGUCUUCUCGCUGACCCAGCAGCCAGUGCGCAUGGAGGCGGCCAAGGCCCGCUUCCGGGCGGGGCGAGAGCUGCUGCAGCAACGGCAAGGGGACAUCACAGUGGAGGCGAUGAUGGACAUCCUCAGGGACAAGGACAGCGGCAUCUGCAUGGACUCUGGGGGCUUCCGCACCACGGCCAGCAUGGUGUCCAUCCUGCCCCGUGACCUUAAGCGCCCCUGUGUCCACUUCCUCACCGCCACCCCAGACCCGUCCAGGUCGGUGUUCAAACCUUUCAUCUUUGGGGAGGGGGUGACCCAGGCCCCCCAGGUGCUGUCCCCCACUUUUGGAGCCCAGGACCCCGUUCGGACCCUGCCCCGAUUCCAGACUCAGGUGGAUCGCAGACACUCGCUCUACCGUGGACACCAGGUGGCCCUGGGGCUGAUGGAGGCUGAGCAGCAGGAGAGGGGACAGAAGCUUCGGCAGAAGCAGCAUGACCUGGAGCGGGAAGGCCUGGAGGUCCUGUGGGGGCUGCUGGCCGCCGGUGAGGGGACCCCACCACCCCAGCAGCUGGGCAGCCUCUUCCAGGCCUUCGUGGAGAGAGAGGGCCAGGCCUAUGCCUAGCAUGCAGCACCCGACUUGGGGAGCAUGGCGUACCUGGAACCAGCUCCUGAGCCCCGGUGGGGAGAGCAGCCUUUGCCUCAAUAAAUGUGUUGUAUUUUCUGCUUCA